AUGAGGCUUACACGGACUGCAAGGCUGGUAGUUGUUGCUGGCCAACUCGUUCUCCCCUUUACUCUUGCACAGGACUAUGUAAGUGUGCUGGAGUCAGUGACCUCAGAAGCAUAUGGACCCUCACCGACGCCGAGCACCAUUGGAGCAUUGUCCUCGGUAUCUACUAUAUCAAGCGCACCAUCGCCAUCACAGACAUCGUCGUCAAACGAACCAAAGGUCCAUAUUAUAAAAGCUGGUGCAGGAGGCUUCAAGUUCACGCCUCAAGAGAUCCAGAAUGUAUCGGUGGGCGAUAUCGUGAGCUGGGAGUUUUAUCCGCGUGAUCAUUCGGUCGCGAGAGCAGAGUUCGGAUCAGCAUGCGUGCCAUACGAGUACACGGGGAAAGACAAAAUUACCCACUUCAACAUAACCAUCAACUCGACCGAGCCCAUCUUCUUCUACUGCGCGGCGCCGGAUUCGUGCCGCCGCGAGCACAUGGUUGGAGCCAUCAACCCGAACUCUACGCAGACGCUCGCCUCGCAAGUGCACUCCGCCGCUAUGGCCGACUUUCAGGUAGCUCCUGGUGAACCAAUCCCGGCAGAGGCUUCGUCGACCCUUUCUGCUGCACCCACAUCGACGGGAACACCUCCAGCAAACAGUGGUGGAAAGGGCAAUAGUCACGUGCUUUCUGCAGGCGCCAUAGCGGGUAUCGUUGUCGGUGGUGUCGCCUUCCUGGUCAUCUGCGCUGCUCUUUUCUUCUUUGUCGGACGCUCCAAGUCGCUCAAGGAAACGCUCAAACGACGAGAUGCUACAAACACCAUGCCGUCGCAUAUGAGUCAGCCAUACGGGGGCGGGGCGAACUACGGCGACGGAGGACUCGCGUCACCUGGGUUCCAACCAUCUCGUCCUGGAUAUGCCACGCCGCCGCCGCCUGGCCAUCACGCGGACUACGGAUUCGGCUCGCCUCCUCAGUAUGGCCAGCACGCUGUUGGAGAAGCACACCCGAGUGGAUGGAGCAGCCCAUCGCCGCAACCCGGACACCUGAGCAUGAUGAGCAACACGAGUGGCAUGAGCCAGCAACAGAUUGAUCAAUUGAAGUACGCGCACAUGAAUGCACAGCCGACUGUGGCAGAGCUUCAUAGUCCGCCACUAGGACAUCAGUCUUUCUCGGCCGAACUUGAGGCGCCUAAUAACGACAAGGGGGCGACGAGAUAG